AUGACGGAACCCGAAAGCUUUGACGACGAGCUAUUUGCUGACCUUUAUAACGAUGAUGAACCCAGUAGCAAGCCGCCGCGCGAUUCUGAGACUGACCAGAACACGGCAGCGCAGCCUGCGUCCGAAACCAAGAACGACCAUGCCGAGGCUGCCGGACAAGAACAAAGCCACAAUGGGGAUGCCAAAGAUGAAGAAGAGGAAGAGGAUGACGAGGACGACAUUGACUUCAACCUGGGGAAUGGGCCCUCCACUACACUGACACACCACGAUAACAAUAACCACAAUGAGCACCGUGACCAGAAAGAUGACCACGGUGUGAAGCCGACACACAGCGGCCCCCCGGCACCAGUAAGCCAUUCAAAGGGGCCCAAUGCUAAGGAAGACGGGUAA